AUGGUAGUAACCAGAACUGGUUUAGAUUUAUCAAAAUUGAGUAUUUAUCAAGUGAUAUCAAAUGAAGGACAAGAACAACAAUUAGUUAAACCAGAUGCAUUAAAUCCUGAUGUUGGUUCAACACCUUUAACAUUCACCAUUACGACAACAACUACAACACCCGUUUCAUCACACCAACCGAUUAUGACAUCAACAUCGACUUUCAGUGCUGAAAUUAAAUCACUACUUGAUGAUGAAACAUUGAAAACUAGUGUCAUUCCAUUUCAUGCUCAACCACAAACUCAUUCAACAAAUAAUAAUGAUGCUAAAGAAUUGGCUAGAAUUCCUUACUAUAAUGGUACAACAAAUAUUUAUGCUUGGCUGACAGCUAUUAAGAGUGUUUUCAUCGAUUUGCAAUAUGAUGAAACUACUUGGGCAAACAAAGCUAAAUAUUAUUUAUUAGAUCAUGCUGCUCAGUUUGUGUACCAUAAUGAUGAGCAAAUGAACGACUGGAAUACAUUUCGUAAAUUAUUGAUUGACCGAUAUUCAGCAACAACAUGUUCAUCGGACCCAACCUGUCCAACUAUUACCUUACAGCAACAAAAAACCUCUCCGUCAGAUGUUCUGGCUGUUAAAGCACUUUAUGCAUUAGUUUUAGAAGAUUUAAAAACACUACCAAAAUUUUUAGAUGGACAAACGAAAUCAAUUAAUUCUUGGUUAGAAGAAAUUGAACUGGUAUAUGAUAAAGCAUUAAUUUCUGAUGCUGAUAAAUGCCACCGAACCUUGAAAUUCAGAUUUGAAGGAAAGAAAGAUUCAACACUUAUACAACUGGAAGAUGAUAUUCGAAAUCGACGUUAUCAUGAUAGUGAAUCCAUGCAUCAAUAUUAUCCUGAUAUCAUGAGAAAAUGUGAUUUGUUAGAAGAAGAAUAUCCAGUUUCAGAUCGUCAUCGUAUUGAUUAUAUAACACGCGGUUUACCUGAUAGUAUUCAAGAUCAAUUAUUAAUUCGAGAAUACUCAGCACCGAAAGAACUAUUAGAAGUAUUACAAAAAAUUGAAGAACGUCGUAAACGAGCAAAUUUUGAACGACAUGUUAUUAGCCUUGAUAAUAAUACUCUACCAUCAUUAGCAAUAGCUACAUCAACAUUACAACCAACUUUACCCUCAACAACCAGUAUGCAACCAAUUACAUCUCCUAUUCAACGACCUUUUCGAUAUAACGAUAAUCUUUCUCAUUAUAAUCAAUCACAAAAUUAUCGUCCAACAUCUCGCCCAUCGUCAUAUUAUAAUCAUCAACAACAAUCGAUCCAGUGUUAUAAUUGUGGGAGAUUUGGACAUAGGGCAGCAGAUUGUUUUAAACCAAAACAACAUUUAAACUAG